GAGGAAGGUUACACAAGACAGAAAGAGUUUGCAACAAACACUGGAGGUGCAGACCGUACACGCGGGAGAAAAAAACAGAAGAACCUAGAAGAGGAUCAAGCAAGACACACAACAGACAAUCCUGAAGAUGGGAGACCCAGUCCAGUUAAAAGACGAUGGAAACAAGUUCUUCCAGGCUGGAGAUAUCGACAAGGCCAUUGAAUGCUACACUAAAGCCAUCAAGGUGUGCAAGGACAAAAAGGUGCUGGCUGUCAUUCACAGGAACAGAUCUGCAUGCUACCUAAAAAAGGAAAACUAUGCCAAUGCAGCAUCUGAUGCAUCUAAAGCAAUUGAUGUUGAUGCAGCAGACAUUAAAGCCUUGUAUCGGCGAUGCCAAGCUCUGGAGAAGCUGGGAAAACUAGAUAUGGCUUUCAAAGAUGUGCAGAGAUGCGCCACCAUCGAACCAAAGAACAAGACCUUCCUGGAGACCCUCCGCAGGCUGGGGGCAGACAUCCAGGCUAAGCUCAAAACAACAUUCUCCACAGAUUCGAGGGUACAGAAUAUGUUUGACAUUUUGCUUGAUGAGGAAAUGGAAAAGGACAAGAGAGAAAAAGCUGCCAACAAUCUUAUUGUGCUGUCGAGAGAAGAUGCUGGAGCAGAGAGAAUCUUCCAAAACAACGGAGUGCCUUUGCUGAUCAACAUGAUUGAGACAGGAAAACCAGAAAUGAUCCUGGCUGCUGUUCGUACAUUGUCAGGAAUGUGCACAGGACACAAAGCUCGGGCCAUGGCUAUUAUUCACAUGGUGGGUGUUGAUAAGAUGUGCAGCAUCAUGGCUGUUGACAAUGAGGAGAUUGCACUGGCAACCUGCAACCUCUUCCAGUGCAUUAAUGACUCGCUCACUGGUGGAGAUACCAGGGAAUAUGGGAAAGAAGAGGCCUUGGUUUUGGAUGCAGCUAAAGACCUGAAAACCAUUCUUCUCUCGCUGCUGGAGAUGGUUACUAGUAAGAAAGUGUCUGGUCAUGGCAGAGACCAGGCGCUGAACCUCCUGACCAAGAAUGUACCUCGCAGAGACAAAAAAGAGAAAGACAACACCAAGGCCCUCUUCACCAUUGAUCAUGGUCUGAAGAAGAUCCUCAAGGUGUGUGGUCAGGUUAGUGAACUGCCAGACCAGCUGUCCAUGACGGAAAACACACAGCUGAUUGCCAGCGUGCUCCUCAACAAGCUCUAUGAUGACCUCAAAUGUGACCCAGAGAGAGCCAACUUCAAGGACAUUUGUGAUGAAUAUAUCAAAUCCAAAAUUGAUCCCAACAACAUGGACAAGACCAUUCACGCUGUCAACACUAUCUCGGGGCUUCUGCAGGGCCCCUUUGAUGUUGGUAACGCCCUAGUGGGACAGCAAGGUAUCAUGGAGAUGAUGGUGGCGCUGUGUGGCUCAGAGCGUGAGGUGGACCAGAUGGUUGCUGUGGAGGCGCUGAUCCAUGCUUCCUCAAAGAUGAGCCGGGCCUCUUUCAUUAUUACCAAUGGUGUGUCACUGCUCAAGGAUAUCUACAAGAAGACCAAGAAUGAGAGGAUUAAAAUACGUUCACUAGUGGGUCUCUGUAAACUGGGUUCAGCUGGAGGUGAUGAUUACAGUAUGAGGCAGUUUGCUGAGGGCUCCACAGAGAAAUUGGCCAAGCAGUGCAGAAAGUGGCUCUGUAAUCCCCAGAUUGAUACCAAAACAAGGAAGUGGGCUAUCGAAGGUCUUGCAUAUCUGACCAAUGAUGCUGACGUGAAAGAUGACUUUGUUGAGGAUGAGCCUGCCUUGAAAGCCAUGUUUGAACUGGCCAAGUCGAAGGAUAAGACAAUCUUAUAUUCAGUAGCUUGCACCCUGAUCAAUUGCACUAACUGCUAUGAUAAGAAGGAAAUCAUUCCUGAGCUGGUCCAGCUCGCCAAGUUCUCAAAGCAACAUGUUCCCGAGCAACACCCUAAGGACAAGAAGGACUUCAUUGAAAAGAGAGUGAAAAGGCUCCUGAAGGCAGGUGUCAUAUCAGCUCUUGCUGUCAUGGUCAAAGCAGACAACGCCAUCCUGACCGACCAGACCAAGGAGAUGUUGGCAAGGGUUUUCUUGGCAUUAGCAGACGAUCCAAAAGAUCGUGGUACUAUUGUAGCCCAAGGUGGCGGAAAGGCUUUGAUACCACUUGCUCUGGAAGGGACAGAUGUUGGGAAGGUGAAGGCCAGCCAUGCCCUUGCCAAGAUUGCAGCUAUUUCUAACCCAGAAAUCGCCUUUCCUGGUGAGAGGGUGUAUGAGGUGGUGCGACCUUUAGUUAGCCUCCUCCACACAGACAGAGAUGGGAUGCAGAACUUUGAGGCUCUGAAAGGCCUCACCAACCUGGCUGGUUACAGUGAAAAACUAAGAGUAAAGAUUGUGAAAGAGAAAGCUCUGCCAGAGAUUGAGAACUACAUGUUUGAGGAGCACGACCAGAUCAAACAGGCUGCCACUGAAUGCAUGUGCAACCUUGUGACAUGUAAAGAGGUCCAAGAACGUUACCUGGAGGAUGGCAAUGAUAAGCUGAAGCUGCUGGUGCUGCUAUGUGGCGAGGAUGACGAUGAUCUUCAGAUAGCCGCAGCUGGAGCUCUGGCCAUGAUCACUGCUGCUCAGAAGAAGCUCUGCAGCAAACUGACCCUUGUGACCACCCAGUGGCUGGAGAUCCUGCAGAGGUUAUGUCUUCAUACCAACCCUAAGAUCCAGCAACGUGGCCUUGUGAUUAUCUACAACAUGCUCGACUCAGAUGACAGUGAGCUGACCAAGAAGCUGAUCGAGAGUGAGAUGCUGGAAAUCCUCACAAUAAUUGGCAAGGCAGAGGACAAUCCCAAGAGACAGGAGCCCAUCGACACAGCACGCACAUGCCUGGUUAAAGCUAUGGAACUUGGUCUCAUCAAACCCUUCAGCAGCCCUUCCUAGACUACUGCCAACAAUCCAAACGACAGAAAUGGACCUUUUUCUUUAUAUCCUCUGUUAAAUAGAGACUUUUUUCCUCCAAAUGCCUUUUCCAUAUCAAAAAUAUUAAAGGAUUCAUCAACCUGG